CGAUAUCCAUCACAAGCCCCCUAGUUUUCUGGCAACGUGUCACUAGAAAACUAAUGAUGAGCCGCCUUCGGUCUUCGUGUCGGAUUAGAAACGUCGCACUCGAGUACCUCGGGUCCAUCCUUUCAACGGAUAAAAUCCCCUUUUGCACUCGUCUUCUUCUUCUUGCUACUGAAUCUUAACUCGACCCGAAUUCCGACUGCAAUUUCCCAAAUCCUUGUCCCUUUCUCCAAAAUGGCUCCUACGAAUCCUGAAACCUGGACCCAUGGACCCUCCAUUAUCAAGGAGAACGAACUUCGAGAGGUGGCCGUGCUCCUAGGAAAGGGCUUCCGGAUCCACCAUCCCGAUGCCGUUGGGGGGAUCAGUUUAUCCUACAAUCCAAACCCCCAAAAAUAUAUGGUCAUGCAAUACCACUCCGUGGAAAAUGGGUUUAGGUUGCCCCUCCACGGUCUGCUUCGCGACCUCUGCCUCCAUUUCGGAUUUGCUCCGGGUCAAUUGACUGCCAACGCGCACAAAUAUGUCGCGUCCUACAUCCUGCGGUGCUGUGCCCUGGACAGAACCCCGAAAUUGGAUGAAUUCCUUCUCCUCUUCAGUAUCGGUGGUUUCCCCUUCUACAGCCUGUAUCCCCACAACCAUUUCCCAAUUUUUGAGAAGGUUGAGUUCAAGUAUGAAAAAUGGUCAUUGAGAUACUUCGUUAUUGAGUUCCCGGCUCACAGCCCCCUUGAUCUACCGGGUGUUGUCCUCCGCCGUUCCAUUUCCCGGACGAAAUUUGCUGCUGCAGAAUUAGCGGAGGGAGUGUUCAACGCCUUGAGAGAAAAAGAAGGUCUAAUUUCACACCACUCCCUUCAAGACGCCCAACUGUACAAGAAGGCGGGUUUUUACCACCCCCUGGGUCCUGACCCGUUUCCAUUUGAAGGUGUGCCUUCUCCUGAGAGAUCGAAGGCUCCUUCUGCUGCAGAGUCCAACCCGGCUAUGAGCUCUACCGGGAAUGGGCGAUUCCACUGCCUUGGCUAUUUGCAAGCCGAGAAGGAAGCUGUAGAGCAAAAAGAUGCCGAGGUUCCUCCAGAAAUGAGGAGAGAGACUGAGACGCAGCAGAAUCAGGAGGAGCAGCGGGAACCAGAGGAACGACAUCCCGCCACCGCACCUUCGGCCGUCAGUCUCCCCAUCCAGCGCAAGUUCACGCCGCAAACUUAUCCUGUUUUUACAGAGAGUUGGGCAGGCUUCUCCCGUGGUUGGAGGUCCUUACAGGCUUCCCAUUGGACUAUCCAGGCUAACUUGGAGAAGAUGAGGGAAUCAGUGCAGGAGCCUGCGAUUCCCCAGGCUCGCCCCGACUUGCUUGCACUCAAUGCUCUGCACUUCAUGGAACAAGCCCAGCAAUCACUCCUCACUUUGACUGAGGAGUACCUGGGUGGAGCAUCAGGGAACUACCGGGCUGUAGUGCUCCCGAAGGAGAAGGAGUUGCCUGCCAGGGCUUUACAACAGAAGGUUGACUCCCUGGAACAACAAGUCCAGGAGCAGAUCGCUGCUUACCAAAGGGGGACUCAGGAUCUGGAAGCGCAAUUUCACAGACUCCGGGCACAAAUAUCCAUUUUGGAAUCAAGGGCCUCAGCUUCAGAAGACAAAGUGGGAAAUCUAGAAGCUGGAUUGGUUGAAAAGGAGUCCCGGAUCUCUGAGCUGGAGAAUUCCCUCCAAGAGGCCAAGCAUGAGAGUUCCCGUUUCAAUGAAUUCGCACUAAAACAGAUGGAAGCGCGACGGCUUACCCUUGAGAAACUAAAGGAAGAGAGACAGACUGCAAGCGAGCUCCGGUUAAAGAUGGAUGAACUGGAGAAGACAACUGCUGCCCAUCAAGAGGAGGUUGCCACUCUGGCUGCCCGCGCUGAAGCCCUUUAUGAAGAAGGGAAAUUUGACAUGCAACAAUGCAUCUACGAGGCAGUUCAGAGAGGUUAUGAUGAUUGGAAGAUCAUGAUGGAAGCACAUCUCUACGCUCUACAUGACUGCAUGUGGAUGGUGCUUGAGGAUGGACCCUUGAAAAUCCAAAUGGAGAAUCCUGAGAGGAAUCCAGCAACUCCUGAUGUUAAAUCCCUUAACAAAGAGCUAGGGAUACUCAAGUCCCAAGAAGCAGUGAACAAGCUGCUUGAAACGACCAAACAUAAGGGUCGCAAAGGACUUGGGUUUGACUCCUCUAGUUCCAAAAGGAAAGGGAAGACAACUUUCAUCCCUCCUAAACCUACUGCCAAACCUAAUAAGCAGAAAGGGAAGGAAAAGGAGAAACCAACAGAAGUUCCCAAAAAGGAAGCCGCUAAGUACCCAGGUGUCUGGUACUUAGACAGUGGUUGUUCAAGACACGUGAUGGGUGAUGCGAGCCUUUUGAGCAAUCUAAUUUCCUAUGAUGGUCCAAGAGUUACUUUUGGAGGAAGCAAUGAUUUCGGCCUCACUAAAGGGCUAGGAAAUCUGGUGUACAAGGGAAUAACAAUCCAAGUUGUAUCUUAUGUUGAAGGACUCAAUUAUAACCUUCUUAGCAUAAGUCAGUUUUGUGAUAAAGGUUACUCCUUGGAAUUCUGCAAGAAUAUGGCAUCUCUCAAGAACAUCUCCACAAAUGAAGUCAUUCUCACUGGGAAGAGAAUCAGAAACAUCUAUGAAGUAAUAUGGAGCGAUGUCAAGGAAGCAUGUCUAAUCAGCAAAGACAAGGAUGAAGAAGUCAAUGAAGGAGAUAGAAUGAAGCCCACGGAGUUUAUUCCAUUCAAAAGUGUGCCUCUGAAGACUUCACAGAGAAAUCCGGAUUUAGACAGUGCUGAGCCCUCCGGAAAUAUUGGCCAGCCUUCCAAUAUUCCAGAUCUCUCAAACGGCGAUAAUUCCGGAAAUGGCGACCCAGUGCGAAUCCAUCCGGAAACACCAACAACUUCUGUUCUUCAACCAGAAGCUGGACUAAAUCAACCAGUCAAUCCCAAUCAACACAAUCUUCGUUGGGUUUUAUCCCCAGAUCCUAGUUCGAUUUAUAGGAUGAUCGAUCGUUCAACGUCCACGGUGUCACCUGUGAAGCUUGAGAGAGGAGUUUUCAAAGGCGACAUCAACCCCGUUGAUGUCCAUGGUGAUGACCAAAGGAUCAUUAUGGUCAUUGAUGGUGAUUGGAAGGUCCCGGUCGUUGAAGAUGAUUGAUUCAAUGAUGCCCGGUCUCUCCGACAUAGAUGCUCCGGACCAAGCUCUUCCACUGCGCGGCUGAAUCUCCACCCUCCGGUCUGCCAAAGAUCAUCCCAAGGUGCUCUUUGUAUGGAGCCAGCCUUCGGUCUCUUCGCUAAUCAUUCUUCCGCCGAUCACUGUCCCCGU